AGCUCACAUUGUGACGGCUUUUGCGGACCAGUGCUCAUUAGAUCGAGCGAAAAUAAUGAAAAGAAAGCUUGUGAAACACUAUUAGCUUUGCCCUUUUAGCGGUAAUACUAUUUAGACUUUUUUGGGGGGCAUGUCGUUGGAGUUAUUGCCAUUUAUCGCUGAAUAUGUGACGAAUAUCAAAAAUAAGACUAACUCAACCCCGCUCAUAUUUAUAAAGAGUGUGAGCAGGACUGAGCUUCAGGACCUUGCAGUGGAGUUCAGGAAAGUGAAUGUCUUUAGAAAUCACAGCCUAACUGAACUUAUUGUUAUAUAAAUGAUUCUCACAGUCAGUUUCAUUUCACACAGAAAGCAGCACUGAACAUCUAAUGCUGAUCUGUUUAUAGAUCAUUUGUAAAUUCUAACAUGUUCAUGUUCUUAAAAACAGCUUUAAAAAUACUUAAUAGUUUUAUCACGUGAUCUUGAGCUUCACACAAUUUGGCGAUGAUAAAAGCAGAAACGCAGCAGAGACGGGCAGAGCUAAUGGCAGAAAGAACAUUCAACAUUAUCACAGAAUAAUAGCAGAAAUGUCUGAUGGUAUUUAUGACAAUGUGAUCAGGACUGAGUCUGCGGGAAUGAACAGAGAGAGAGUUGAGAUGACGGUGGAAAUCUAUGAGAGUGCAGAUUGUGUGAGAGAUCAUGACUUCAGGACAGAGACAAACACACACCAACCACUGCAGCGUACAGGAAGUGAUCGUGUGAAGAUCAGAAGCUCCAGAGCAGCUCCAGUGUGUUUGGUGCUGCUGUGUGUUCUUCUGCUGACUGCCUUCAUAGUGCUGUGUGUCUACAUCCAUACAAAGAGCACAAAAGAGAGAGAUCUACUAACCAAGAUUACCAGCCUCACAGAAGAGAGAGGUCAGCUACAAAUCAUAGCUUUCAAAACAGAGAAAGAUUUAUUAUCCAAGAAUGAUCUAAUAAAACGUCUUCAUGAAAUGGAUGGAAGGAUUUACAAUCAAUCCAGUUUUUACUACAUUUCAUCUGAGAAGAAGAGCUGGACUGAGAGCAGAAAAUACUGUACAGAGAGAGGAGCAGAUCUGAUCAUCAUAAACAACAAAGAGGAACAAGAUUUUGUUAAGAAAAUGUCUGAUGGUGCUCUAGUCUGGAUUGGUCUGACUGACAGUGAUGUGGAGGGCAGAUGGAAAUGGGUUGAUGGCAGCACACUGACCUCUGGCUUCUGGGGGUCUGGAGAGCCAAAUGGACGUACAGGAGAGAACUGUGUUCUAACUGAUUCAUCAGGAUGGGCUGAUUAUCCAUGUCAUGGUCAUUAUCAAUGGAUCUGUGAGAAAACCAUUAAAACAAGUCAUUAAAUCACAUACUUGUUUAUGAUGUAAAUUACGAACAGACAUAAAGGUCUUUCUCUCUAAAAGACAAUCUAAGCAAGAUAUAUACAUACUGUAUGUUCUCUUCCGUGAAAAUUUAUGGUAACACUUUACUUAAAGCCUUUAUAAUGCAUUAAAAAAGGUAUUUGUAAUGUACGUUAUAAUUCAUUACAUCUUUUCAAUAAUUGUAAUCAAUGUUAAAAUGCAUUAUAAUAAUUACAGAUUCCUUGUUGCAUCUGAAAUUGUUUGUGAUGUGUUUUAAUGCAUUAUACAUUCUAAAGGUGUACCAUAAGUAUUAAAUGUAUUUUAACUGUGGUUAAAAAUUAUUCAUGAGGUCAUACAAUGCAGUGCAUUACAAAGAAUAAUUAAUGCAUUAAAAAAUAAAAAGGCAUUAUACAUAAAUAUUUUAAGUGUUACAAAAGUUAUAUUCAAUUAAUCACUAGUGACACUAUAAUAAAUACAUAAAUACUCUUA